CUCACUCACACACACUCACACUCACACACACACUUUUCCCUCAGCUACCCAAGAUGGCGGCAGCGUCAUCCAUCCCGCCGCCGAGCGCUCACCCUUCUCUCGGCCGGCAGAGCGCGCUUCCCGGCCCGGAGAUGGAGAGCCCCGAGAGCCGGCGGCCGGAGGACGAGGAGGCGGCGGCGGGGGUCCAGCCCUCGGAGCCCGGCGUGAGCCUCCGCGACCUGCCGGACCUGGAGCCGGAGGAGGUCGAGAGGAGACUCGCCAAAACUCGACGGGAGCUGAGCAACAGGAGGAAGAUCCUGAUGAAGAACCUGCCGCCGGACACCAGCAACCAGGAAGUCCACGAGAUUCUGAAAGAAUACGAACUGAAGUACUGCUUCGUCGACCGCAACAAGGGCACAGCCUUUGUGACUUUGCUGAACGGGGACCAGGCUCAGGAUGCCAUCCGCUCCCUCCAUCACAGCACUGUCCGCGGGCGCCUGAUCAACGUCACCCUGCAGCCCACCGACUCCCUGCUCUGCCUCACCAACCUGCCCCACACCUUCACCGCCCAGCAGCUGGAGGAGCUGGUGCGCGCCUACGGGAACAUCGAGCGCUCCUUCCUGGUGUACAGCGAGCUGACGGGCCACUCCAAAGGAUACGGGUUUGUCGAGUACAUGAAGAAGGACUCUGCGUCGCGGGCCCGCUCUGAGCUGCUGGGCCGACCACUGGACGAUCGCUCGCUGAUGGUGCAGUGGAUGGACGUCAACCAGCUGAGCCAGGAGGAGAACCUGCACUCCAAGUGUCUGUGUGUGGACCGACUGCCGCUGGACCUCUGUGACUCCGAGGAACUGACCCAGCUCUUCUCUGAGACCUACAAGCCCGUCUUCUGCCAGCUCGCCCAGGACGAGGGGAGCCCUGUGCGGGGGUUCGGUGUGGUGGAGUACGAGAGCGCGGAGCAGGCAGAGGCCGUGCUGACGGAGAUGGACCGGACACUGGUGGGAGGGCAGGAGGUCCGUCUGUCUCUCUGUUCCCCCGGCACCUCCGGGAGGAGCACCCUGGCCGCGCUCAUCGCCGCCCAGGGCAUGCUGUUCCAGAGCAAGAAUUGUCAGAUUCUGAGUAACAGAAAAGGUCUGCUACCGGAACCGAACCUGGCCCAGUUGUUGACCAGCAUGACCAACCCUGCUGCCCUGCAGAUCCUCAUGAGGCCGUACCACACCGGGAAAAGAGGAGGGAAGUACGGACGUCACGCCGGCCUGCCGUUCCUCAGACCUCCUCUCACCACCGCUCUGCUCACACUGGGGAAAGCGCACCAGAAUGCUAUGCUUGGUAAUGGACUCGUGCUUCAGAACCUGUUGCACAUGCAGCUCGCACAGCAACAGCUUCUUCACAUCAAAGACAAACGCAUCAGCAGCGUCUCCAGUCUGCUCGGGGACCCGUCCAGGCUGCUGAUGCAAAAAGCGUUGUCCCUGCGGCCUCCGGGCCUCGUGCCACUGGGCAAAGGCCUCCUGGGAGACUCCCCGACAGAGUUGAGCCAGGAGCCCCCAACCACCCACAAUGCCGCCGUGGUGGUGUCAGCAGCGGGUAUGAUGCCGUACCUCCAGGCCCGAGCUGGAGCGGGAGAACAAAACAGCAUCCAUUCCAUGUCCACAGCCCACUCUGCGUCCUCCUCCUCCUCCUCCUCCUCCUGCUCCUCCUCCACCUCCUUUGACAGACAGCCUGCUCCCCCUGGGACCAUGGUGAGCUCCCAGCUGCAGGGACAGAGCUACUCCUUGGGAAUGAGUAACUCAGGCCUCGGCCCACCUCCGCCCAAGGCCCCCGGGGGAGUGUAUACGUCAGCGGGCCAGCACAACGGUGCAGACGGAUGCUCCCUGGCUGGCAUGGUCGGCGGUGGUCAGAGUUCUCUGCUGGGCGAUCCUCCUAAAGAGGUCCGCAUGCCCUCCAAUCCUUACCUGAACCUGGCCAGUGUGAUGCCAGGCGUGGUCCUGCAAGGGUCGGUGGGGAGUAAAGCACAGGGAGGGCAGCCCGGCCCCGGGAUGUACAGCGGCUCCGUCGCUCCCGUCGUCUCCCAGGGCUCCGCCUCCUUCUCCCACAGCGCUGCCGCCGCCGCUGCCGCCGCCGCCGCCGCGACGACCGCCCCGUACACCGCGGACACCUCGGCCGACUACAGCCAGUACAACCAGGCCUACACACAGGAGGCCAUGCAGCAGUGGUACCAGCACUACCAGGCGGCACAAGCUCACACCUACAGCACUGCCGCUCCGCAGGACAACACGGCCGCGGACUACAGCAAGGAGCACGCACAGCCUCCGCCCGUGUCCUACGGGGAUUACAGCUCCUACAUGCAGGCGGUCACUCAGUACUACUCCCAACCUGCAGCGGCCAACCAGGCCUACGGCAGCAAGGAGGUAGAUGUGUGUAAGCCUCUGGGCGUGUCCCUGCACGCCGUCAGCAACGGUGCGGCUCCUCCGCCGGCCGUCCUGCCGGCCGCCGCCGUGCUCCCGGCCUACAGCGCCCUGCCACUAAUGCCCGGCUUCCUCGGGGCGCCGCACCCGGCGGCGGCCGCUCCCAGCCCCGUGACGCACGCGCACACUGCCGCCACCGACUGGAACACUUACUACUACAACCAGACCAGGGGCCACAAGAGAGAGUAUCCUCAGCUGGCGGUGCAGGAAGUGACGUCAUCGGAGGGCGCCUACAUCGGGCAGCACUCGCAGGGCUUGGGCGGCCAGUACGCCGACUACUUCAAGAGGAAGAGGCUCUAGUGUAUGAACCCGAAACCACCUCAAAGCCUCAAGCUUAUGGAGGGAGGCACAGACGGCGUCCGCCGGAUGCCACAGCCCCCUCUAGUGGCCUUUCUGUGGCUGCCAUUUUGCAUCCCUAACAGUAGGUAUUGAUAGAUUUAGGGUUCGCAAAUGGCUCAAGUUAAAACAAGCCAUAGUGCUCUUGGCAUUUAUGUACACAUACACACGCACGCACACACACACACACACACACACACACACAUGGUGUUGCUUUUGUCCUUUUCAAGCCUUAACUCUUAAGCUCUCGUUAUUUUGUCAAACGUGUCGACUUGUAACUUAACUUAUAUCGACUUGUACAUGUUUUUUUUCUAAUAUAAUAAUGUAUACUUAAAAGUUUUAUUGUAUCUGUACGUAUAAGCUGCUUUUUUUUUGUAUUUCCAGCCAGGCGACCGGUCUUAGGACUGGUUCCGCCAGUCAAAUCCCUUCCUCUUGUGUUUCCUUUUUCAAAAGGACAAAAUGGAGUCGCACACACACACACACACACACACACACACACACACUUUGUUUCGUCAGUCGAUCUGGCAUCUGUUUACUCCUGCUUCAGUGUCUUUUUUCUUUUUAUUGCCCAGCCUCCUCUUUUUAUAUCUCUUCUUCAUGCGGAGGACUGCAGUGUGAGUGUGAGUGUGAGUGUGUGUGUGUGUGUGUGUGUGUGUGUGUGUGCGUGUGUUUGAUAUGCUUUAUCUGUAGGAAGCAUCAGCCAUUUAAAUCCCAAGGUUGGGAGAAAAAUCAGGAAAAAAACGAAGAAAAAGGGGCCUGAAUAAAUCAAAGCCCUUAAUUGUGGUGACUUUACAGCGGCUUCCCUCAAUAAAUGGACCUUUUCUUAUGAAGACGGGCCAGAGAAUAAAAAAAGGCUUGUACAGUAUAUUAUACAGUGUGUGAUACAGAAUAUAUAAAGCCAUGCGUCACAGAACAAUAUCAUCACCCAGCACGAUGAACAUUUCCCAGCUCAAUUGUGAGCGUUUCUUAUCUGAACGAAAGGAAAACAUGUCUGAUUUAUUUGAUUUUAGAUUUUUUGCAAUCUAUGCUCUUAUCUAUAUUUGUAAUAUAAAUAACCCAAUGCUAUUCGAGUCAAUUUUAUGAACAGAGAAUCAUCUUAAACGUGGUCACUUGGUUUGGUUUUGAACAUUUGAAGCCAAAUAUUAGGUGGUCGACCUCUCUCCUCGCCGGUGUGCCGAGUCCAUGCUGCAUAAUGAUUUCACGCAUUUUGAGUAUGAAGUGUUUUCACACUGCAAAAAGUGAAAGUAUAGUCAUAUAGAAAGUUACUAUUCAUGCAGCUGAAGCACACGCGUGACAAAAUGCAGGACAUAGUGAUUAUCCCAAAGUCACCGUUGGUAUAAAAAGGUGAAUUAUGUUAUUUUCUCGUAUAUAUACAAUGAUACGGAACAAUAUUCGGGCCAGGCAUAAGAAAAAAAAAUGAGGGGGAAAAUUUUUCUUUUUUAUUAAUGAUUAUAUAUUUUUUUAUACAAUUAUAUAUUUCAAUUUAAUAAUAAUAAAGUCGAAAUGUGAGAAUAAAGUCGAAAUGUCAAGAUUAAAGUUGAAAUAGCCCUAAACGUCCGUGUUGUGGUCCCAGUUCAGCUGUCACACGUUAACGAACGUUAGCAAAGCUACGCUAACUGUGCGCCUCUCAAAAAAAUCAUUCACGGUUGUAUUCAGUUGAACGUUAUCGUGUCAGUGACACACGUCGACGUUCAGGCGCAAACGCCCGUCGUCACCGCAGCGUUGCUUCCAGAUUCAGCCGGUCAAUGAUGAUAUCGCAACUUUACAACUUGGUUAGCAGCUAGCGUUAGCUUAGCAAACUGGCUAACAAAACAUCAACAUCCGGUUGUUUGGUGCUGCUGAAAAGUGCUUCCGGGUCACAAUUCACGACUUUAUUCUCGUAAUAGUAUUUCAAGUUCAUUCUCGACAAUUCUACUUUAUUCAAAAUAUAGUAUUUCAACUUUAUUCUCGACAAUUCUACUUUAUUCAAAAUAUAGUAUUUCAACUUUAUUCUCGACAAUUCUACUUUAUUCUCGAUAUAGUAUUUCGACUUUAUUCUCAACAU